UACAUGGGUGAACGCUUAACCAAGAGGAUCAGAGAGAGGAUGCUUUCAAAGAUACUCACUUUUGAAGUUGGAUGGUUUGAUAAAGAUGAAACAUCUGGUGGGGCUAUUUGCUCCCGACUAGCAAAAGAUGCAAAUGUGGGGAGAUCUUUAAUGGGUAAUAGUAUGUCUCUCCUUGUACUAACUGUGUCCGCUGUAUCCAUGGCUUUCGCUUUGGGAUUAGUCCUUGCAUGGAGGCUUGCUUUAGUGUUAAGGAAAAGCACAUGGUGUUGAUUACUUACAUUAAUUAUUGUCAAUUAUAUAUUUUUUUAGUGGAUGGCUAACCAGAAAUGAGUAAUUUAAGGGAGGAUUAGACAAAAGUAUCAAGCAGUAAUAGAGAUUAUUUUCCUUAAUAUUAACUAAUUUAAUCCAGAAAUUGAUAUAUUAAUGAAUCCAUGAGGAUUCGGGAAUCACAAAUUCACGUUCUAUAAUCAAGAAUAUCCGAAGGUGAUCAACGUGGGUGGUUAAAUUAGAAGAAACUAAUUAAACAAUCAUUGAGCUCUCCUUGGAAGUGGAACAUGUUCAAUUAAUGUAAAAUCACACAGACCUCUGAAUCUUUGACCAGUCCAUAUGCAUGCUGAACUGUAAAAUCAUUUUGUAAGCCAUAGCAGAAGACCUGUUUGUUUUGGUUUAAUUUUGUGUGAAAAUGGGAGGAGAAAGAGAAAGCAGCGAGGUGAAGAGGAAGAACGGGUCUGUACUGUCCAUUUUCAUGCAUGCAGACGGUGUGGAUAUGUUGUUGAUGUCUCUGGGAUUCAUCAGAGCUGUUUGUGAUGGCUUCACUGGACCUUUAGUGGUGUUUGUGAUGGGUGAAGUUAUGAACAAUUUUGGCACUGCGUCAACUGAUAACAAAGAGUUGUUCAUCCAUGACAUUAACAAGAAUUCAGUGUAUAUGUUGUACAUAGCUUGUGGGGGAUGGCUUGCUGGUUUCCUAGAGGGAUAUUGUUGGACAAGAACAGGUGAAAGGAAAGCCACAAGAACGAGAGCUAAAUAUUUGAAAGCAGUAUUAAGGCAAGAUGUUGAAUACUUCGAUUUGCAUGUCACCAGCACUGCAGCAGUCAUCACUAGCGUCUCUAAUGAUACUCUUGUCAUUCAAGAUGUUAUAAGUGAAAAGCUCCCAAAGUUUUUGGCCAAUGCUGCAACAUUUAUCGGAAGCUAUGUAGUAGGAUUCUUGAUGUCGUGGAGGUUAACCAUUGUUAUAUUUCCCACUGCUCUGCUUCUGGUAAUUCCUGGAAUGAUUUGUGGAAGAGCUGUGAUGAAUUUAGCAAGGAAGAUGGCAGAAGAGUACAACAAGGCUGGGACAGUUGCGGAACAGGCAAUCUCUUCUAUAACAACUGUUUAUUCAUUUGUUGGUGAAACCAAAACCAUCAACGAGUUCUCUUCGGCCCUUGAAAGCUUUGUCAAUUUGUGGGUAACAGGCUUGGCUAAAGGCUGGGCUGUUGGAAGCAACAACAUCGUUUAUGCUAUUUGGUCUUCCAUAGCUUAUUACAGCAGUAGAAUGGUCAUGUACCAUGGUGCUAAGGGAGGAACCGUCUAUGCUGUGGCCUCUGCCAUUGUCGUUGGUGGCUGGGCGUUGGGACCUGGUUUAUCUCACUUAAAGUCCAUAUCAGAAGCAAUGUCCGCGGGAGAACGUAUAAUGGAGGUAAUAAAAAGAAUUCCCAAGAUUGAUUCGGACAACGUGGAAGGUCAAGUUCUGGAGAAUGUUUCUGGUGAAGUUGAGUUUAGACACGUAGAAUUUGCAUACCCGUCAAGGCCUGAAAGCAUAAUCUUCAAAGAUCUUAACAUAAAAGUUCCAGCAGGAAAGACAGUAGCCUUAGUGGGAGGCAGUGGCUCAGGGAAAUCCACAGUAAUUUCACUAUUACAAAGGUUUUAUGACCCACUUAGAGGUGAAAUUCUUCUUGAUGGAGUUGUUAUUCAUAAAAUACAACUGAAAUGGUUCAGGUCAAAAAUGGGUUUGGUGAGCCAAGAGCCUGCACUAUUUUCAACAACAAUUAAAGAAAACAUACUUUUUGGCAAAGAAGAUGCCACAAUGGAAGAGGUUAUUGAAGCUGCCAAAGCUUCAAAUGCUCAUAAUUUCAUCUCUCAGUUGCCUCAGCAAUAUGAAACUGAGGUGGGAGAGAGAGGAGUUCAAAUGUCUGGUGGGCAAAAACAAAGAAUUGCUAUUGCACGAGCAAUAAUCAAAGCACCUAGAAUCCUUCUUUUGGAUGAGGCAACAAGUGCCCUCGACUCUGAAUCUGAGCGUGUGGUCCAAGAAGCCUUUGACAACGCCUCUAUUGGAUGCACCACUAUCAUCAUAGCUCACUGUCUCUCCACCAUCCGCUACGCCGACAUGAUUGCUGUCAUGCAAAACGGCCAUGUCAUGGAAACAGGUUCACAUGACGAGCUUUUGCAAGACGAAAACGGUCUUUAUACUUCCCUUGUUCGUCUACAACAAACUGAAAAAAAGCAAACAACAACCCAAGAAGAGAUGAUGAUGACAAAUCUCAAUUCUUCAUCCAUGAAUGGCUCAUCUUCCAGAUCAUACUUGGAUGUUAACCUUAGAAGAGAAGAUGAUGAUGAAAAAAGAAAAGGCAAUAGAGAAGAUUACAAGAACAAGGUGCCUGUGCCAUCAUUUAGAAGAUUGUUAGCUUUGAAUCUACCUGAAUGGAAGCAGGCAAGCUUGGGGUGUUUAAGUGCAAUCUUGUCUGGUGCGGUGCAACCUGUGGUUUCAUUUACCAUAGGGUCUAUGGUAUUGGUGUUUUUCUUGAAGGAUCACAAUGAGAUUAAGGAGAAAACGAAGAUUUAUGCUUUGAGUUUGAUUGGGUUAGCAGUGUUCUCUUUGUUUGUUGAUUUAAGCCAACAUUACAAUUUUUCUUAUAUGGGUGAACACUUAACCAAGAGGAUCAGAGAGAGAAUGUUAUCAAAGAUACUCACUUUUAAAGUGAGAUGGUUUGAUCAAGAUGAAAAUUCCAGUGGUGCUAUUUGUUCCCGAUUAGCCAAAGAUGCAAAUGUGGGGAGAUCUUUAGUGGGUGAUCGCAUGUCUCUCAUUGUACAAACUGUAUCGGCUGUAGCCGUAGCUUUCACUAUGGGUUUAGUCAUUGCAUGGAGGCUUGCUUUGGUGAUGAUAGCAGUCCAGCCCCUCAUCAUAGUAUGCUUUUAUACUAGGAAGGUUCUACUUAAAAAUAUGUCAAAGAAGGCCAUAAAAGCGCAAGAAGAGAGCAGCAAGCUUGCUGGUGAGGCUGUUUCCAACUUGAGAACUAUCACAGCCUUCUCCUCUCAAGACAAAAUCCUGAAGAUGCUAGGAAAGGCCCAGGAAGGACCAAGAAUGGAGACUGUCGAACAGUCAUGGUAUUCUGGAAAAGGCCUUGCCUUCUCACAAAGCCUAACAUCUUGCACUUGGGCUUUGGAUUUUUGGUAUGGUGGCAGACUCCUGAAAGAGGGCUACAUCACUUCCGAGGGCUUUUUGCAGACCUUCAUGAUCCUUCUGAGCAGUGGCUAUCUCAUAGCUACUGCUGGAAGCAUCUCCACAGAUCUUGCCAGAGGCUCAGAUGCUGUAAGGUUAGUCUUCGCUAUAUUGGAGCGGUAUACAAGAAUUCAGCCUGAUGAUUCUGAAGGCUACAAGGCUGAAAAAAUAACAGGUCAUAUAGAACUUCAAGAUGUACAUUUUGCAUAUCCUGCUAGACCUGAUGUGAUGAUUUUCAAAGGCUUUUCUAUCAACAUUGAAGCUGGGAAAUCAAUGGCAUUGGUAGGGCAAAGUGGGUCUGGGAAAUCAACGAUUAUUAGUUUAAUCGAACGUUUUUAUGAUCCUUCAAAGGGUAUAGUAAAAAUUGAUGGCCGGGAUAUUAGAUCAUACAAUCUUAAAUCAUUGAGAAGGCAGAUUGCACUCGUUAGUCAAGAGCCUACAUUAUUUGCUGGUACUAUUAGGGAAAACAUUAUUUAUGGUGUAGAUGACAACAUGGAUGAGUUUGAGAUAAUUGAGGCAGCUAAGGCCGCCAAUGCUCACGAUUUCAUAGCUGGAUUGAACGACGGAUAUGACACCUGGUGUGGGGAAAGAGGAGUACAAUUAUCAGGGGGUCAAAAGCAACGUAUUGCGCUAGCUCGAGCAAUACUGAAAAAAGCUACAGUAUUACUAUUAGAUGAAGCAACUAGUGCGCUCGAUAGUCAAUCAGAGAAACUAGUGCAAGAUGCGCUUGAGCACAUGAUGAUUGGAAGAACCACUGUAGUGGUAGCACAUAGAUUAAGUACUAUACAAAAUUGUGAUCUCAUUGCUGUAUUAGACAAAGGGCAGGUCAUCGAGAAAGGGAACCAUCAUUCUUUGUUGGCCAAAGGAUCCACAGGAGCUUACCACGCGUUAGUUAACCUCCAAAGGAGACCAGAUACUAAUACUCAUUCAACGAUCAAUCAAAUUUAAAUUUUUGUUUCCUUUUUGGGUUUACUCAGUAAGAAGAUUUCAGUCUUGAUUUUAUGUUUGUAAUAAUCGGAAAAGCUUCAUCUUCAUCUUUAACCUUAUAAAGCUUUUGGUUAGUGGAUGUAUUAAUGGAUUGAUACAACUGACAAAAUUUUCUUUAACUUUAAAUAAAUACAUUAUGACGGUGGUGG